UUUAAAAUGAACCUGCUGCUGAUAGCAAAAUGAAUAUGAUUUUGAUACAGGGUUCUUCUUUCCUUGCAGGUGUACAAAGGCCUGUGCUCCCGUUUUAAAAGUCAUCCUCACAGGGAGUUUAAUGCUGGCUGGAUUUGUAGUUCUGUUUUUAAUAUACUACAAGUCACUCCCAUCUCACAAAUGUCCUUCUCCCCUGGCUCAACCAAAACAAUGGGGAAAGCGGGUUGAAUUUCAUAGCACAGCAAACAGCACUGCAAUGACACAAAAGAAGAACAAGCCCAUAAUGCUGCUGUGGAUGUGGCCUGGAAACAAAAGGUUUGAUCUGCGAGCCUGUGACACUCUUUUCGGGAUCGACAGCUGCCAUCUCACAGACAAUAGAUCCUUAUACUCCAGCGCUCAUGGAGUUUUGAUUUUUCACAGAGGCAUCAAUGACGAUCUCUCCAACCUCCCCACCUCAGCCAGACCGAGGUUUCAGAGGUGGAUCUGGUUUAACACAGAUUCCCCUUCGAACACGCGCAGGAUAGAAGGCAUUCAAGGCCUUUUCAAUCUGACUCUGAGCUACAGGAAGGAUGCUGAUAUCCAGGUUCGUUGGCCAGUGUCUUUUAAUAAGAAGACGUAUGAAGAUUUUGUGCUGCCAAAAAAGGAACGCUUGCUUUGUUGGAUUGUCGAUAGCAACGUCCUUCACACAGAAUCAAGGGAGAGCUCUAACUACUACAGAGAGCUUGUAAAACACAUCAAGGUGGAUGUGUUUUUCUCUGCAGAGUUCUCAAAAAGCGAGGACUAUUUCCUGACUAUCAGCAGCUGUAAAUUCUACCUCUCCUUUGAGAAUUCAAUUCACAGAGACUACAUCACCGAGGCAUUCAAUGGACCUCUUGCAGCAGGUACUGUGCCAAUAGUUUUGGGCCCACCGCGAUUGAACUAUGAAGAUUUUGUCCCGGGUACAUCCUUCAUACAUGUUAAUGACUUUUCUGGUCCCGCGAAACUGGCUGAGUUCCUCCUGAAGCUGGAUAAAGAUUUUUCCUAUGUGAGAUACUUUGAUUGGCGGCAAUUCUACAACACGAGGCCUCAUCUUACCGAGGAGAAUUAUGAGUUUGUGCAUGGUAUUUGCCAGGCUUGUCAGUAUUUGAGCAUUAACAAAGUGUACAGAGUUGUACCUGAUCUGUACAAGUGGUUCUUUGGGUGAUGUUUUCACACAUUCAGUGAUUUUUGUAGCUGGUUAAAGUUGAAUAAGAAUCAACGGUGCAUUUAAUUGUCCAGAGCAGCAAUGUUACUUUUGGUGGAACGCAUUUAAUUACUUAAGGUGAAGCAUUUGGGGUUGGGAAGGGGAAUAUUGUUAUUGACCUCUAAUAAAAAGACAUUUCUCCAGAC